AACAAAUGAAUUCAAACUGCAGUUAGAAGAGAUUUUUUUUUAUAAGUUUCAUGGAUCGCAAUAACACUGCCCGAAAAAAGCGAAAUAUGUUUAUUUCAAAUCCACGUCAACGGAGUAUUUCACAAUAUUUUACUCCCAGAAGUGGUAUCAGCAAAGAAGAGGUAAACUUUCUCGUUAAACCAACUGCAAAUCCUUCUUCGCGCGGUACAGCCACCCCUGGUUCUGUUUUGGACGGACAACGACGUUACUCAGAUCAAAUUAUACUACCACCCUCGCUUGGAUUCACUUCAGCCGCUGAUAUUUAUUUGCAAGCUGGAAAGUGGUGCUCAGGAACUCAAAAGCAGUCAAAUUUAUUUGUGGAGCGCCAUUUAGCUAGUGUUCUUAGCAAUCCGGAAGAUUUUCAAGUUCCUUGUCCUACCAACUCGAAAAAUUCUUCUUCUGAAGGAAAACAAACUCUCAUUGACGGAUACACACGUGUCCCUGAGGACUCUUCGUCCUCCUCGUUAUCUUCCAGUUCGUGUUCAAGUACACAGCUGGCAUCCAGUUUGUCAUCGUUAAGUCCAUCGACGCAAAACAUGAAACGCGCUCGUCGAUCUACCAGAACGCCAAAGAACUUGAAGGGAAAAUCUGUGAAAAAUCAGAGGAGUGCCCUGAAUACCAUCGUCAUCAAAAGCGACGAUGAAAAUUCUUCAAAUGACAGUGACUGCCGUUUUACGAAUGUUGUUCCCGGAAGAAAAACUAAAUAUGAUCCUGAGGUGGAAGGAAACUCUAUACGUAGUUCAUCACAAGCACACUGGAAUGAUUCCUGCAUUCCGAGUGGUCAAGUAAGCCUGGAAAGCACAGUUAGCCAAACAGGAUGCGACAAAAACAAUUCUGAAUCUUUUCAAUCUACAAAGCAAGUUAAAACCAAGUCAUCAUCCAGGUCAACAUUUGGUCUUGUUGGUGGUGACAUAAAUGAUUUUGAUGAGGAAGAUGAUUCUCAAGAUUUCAAUCACUGUAGUACACAUUUUACUCAACUGCCUGUGGAGAUUAUGGAGAAUAUUUUCUGUCAAUUACCUAUGGUGGAUUUGAUGUUAAAUUGUGCCCUAGUGUGCCGCCAGUGGUACGACAUAAUAUCACAAGAUUCAUUUAUUCCUUGGAAGAAGAAAUACUUUCUUCUAAAAAACAAGGACAGCUCAUCAGAAGAUGUUAUGAUUGAACUACUGGAGAGAAAAGGACUUCUAGAGGUGGAUUUGUUCCCAUUAAAUCUUGCAAGUUUUAUGAAAGAUUUUAAAAGAAAAGGGAGUUCAUCUUUGAUGGAAAAGUUAAAGACACAUCCCAAGUUCCCACUGAUAGGUACAUUCUUGGGAACUCUUACCGGGAGCUCAAAAGAGGUUCUUAGUCCUUGGUCUGUUGUUGCACUUUUGACACUGGUAUGCCAAACAGUUUAUGAAGUACAAGAAAUAGUCCAUUGUAUGACAAGGUCCACAUCCUGUUUGGUGCAGGACAUUCUGGAAUGUCUAUACUGUCUUGCAUCAGUAUUUUAUUACCUGGAGUCACAAAACAGAAUUGGUAGUGGUCUCCACUACAGGGUGUUUUAUACACUGUAUUUGUAUGAGAAUGCAUUCCAAGCCACAUGUGCAUCUCUUGGCUCUGUAUUUGGUCAGAAUUCUACAGGACAGCAGUCAAUGAUGCGAUACAGGUCAUCUUUUGACAAGCUGCAGCUUACACAUGAGCAAGUUCGCAUUAUCAAACAUGAUGUCAAAGUGGGGGAGAUCAUAAAAAUUGUAGCAUUUGCUGGAACUGGUAAGACCACAACUCUUGUUGAGUACACCAAGAUGAGGCCCAUGGAACGUUUCCUUAAUGUGGCGUAUAACAAGUCAAUUCAGGAACAUGCAGCUAAGUUGUUUCCCAGCAAUGUUGAGAACCGCACGAUCCACUCACUAGCCUACAGAAAAGUGGGAUUUAGAUACAGACACAAGCUUGCGUAUCGUUUACGGAUCAGUACUAUCAUGAAUGUCCUUCCUUCCGACUGCGGAUAUCUUCAUGCCAGACGAGUUGAAGAAACUCUUAAUAAUUUCAUAGCAUCUGCAGACAUUACUGUGAGCCCUAAGCAUGUACCAGCGGCCAAAAGAACCUCAGUGGAUAUUUCUACUUCAGAAGGAAGCGAGAUUGUGAUAUCUAUCUUUGGUGAACACGGUUCGGAUACGAGUUAUUUGAACAGCGACAAGCACAUUCAGAAAGUUGUCUCACAUGCGCAAGCCUUAUGGGAGCGAAUGAAAGAUCAAGGGGAUAAAGAUUUCCCUAUCACCCAUGAUGGUUACCUUAAGAUCUAUCAACUCGACAGGCCAGUUCUUGAUGGAUAUGACUGUCUCCUGGUAGAUGAAGCUCAAGACUGUACUCCUGCUGCCUCCGACAUUCUCCUCAGGCAGUCUUGUGCCAAGAUUUUAGUGGGAGACCCUCAUCAGCAGAUAUAUGCUUUUCGCGGAGCAAGAAACGCCCUUCAGGAGGUAAAGGGCACCCAUACGUUUUACCUCACUCAGUCAUUCAGAUUUGGUCCCGAGAUAGCUUAUGUUGCGUCUUGUGUUCUGGACGUGCUAAAAGGUGUGCGAAACAAGACUUUGGUAGGAGGAGCUAACAAAGGCUCAGUGCUCGGUGUACAAUCUGGUCAGGUGUGUGUGAUUACACGCUGUAACUAUACUCUGUUCAACGAGGCUGUCACUGUGUGCUGUGCAAACAACGACAAAAAAGUUGGUUUUGUUGGGGGUCUUAAAAGCCUUGCUCUUGACCGAGUGAUGGACAUCUACAGACUGUUUACUGCUGACACAAACACACCUUACUUGGGAAUCAAAGACGCUUUGAUCAAGAAAUUCCGGUCAUUUUCUGAAUUAAAGAAGUAUGCGAAAUGCGCUCCUGACCCAGAACUGCUUGGCAAGAUUAAGAUCGUUGAGACCCAUCAUGUCUUGCUGCCACAAAGGAUAGAGAAGAUAACUUCCAAGGCCAUUGGAAACUUACGGCAGGCGGAUAUAGUUUUCUCCACUGCACACAAAGCUAAAGGGCUUGAAUUCGACACAGUUCGUGUCACAGAUGAUUUUUUACCUGGAACAGACAUUGGUGUGCCAUUACAUGACCAUGGUGAAGAUGAAAGAAACUUGGUGUAUGUCGCGGUUACUCGGGCGAAGAAGAGCCUCCAACUGAACACUACAAUACUGAAUAUUCUAGGCUGUAGAAAGGAACAUUUUGUGAGGGUAGUAUCACCGAAGGAGUUGUCUCAGCCUGCCCUCUGUGCAGAUUGUAAGAAGGACGUCGCCUUUUCUCCGCAGCCUCACGUGGUGAUUCAGAAGGAAAGUGUCAUUUUGGGUGGCAACGUGGAAAUGGCUGGAGGUGUUCUUUGUCCUACGUGCGCUGCCGAUACAGUACCUCACUUAGGAUGUCUAGUUUCUGUAAACAAUGAAAGUUGAGUAAAUGAUUUUCGAAAGCAGAAAGUUAAUUGAAACAAUAGGAGAGAGCAUAGAGGAUAGACAGGUUUCGAUACCUAUUUUAAGAUAAUUACUAUGAUAAUAAUAAUAAUAAUAAUAAUAAUAAUAUGAUAGUGGUAACAAUAGCACUUGUAACUGUUAUGAUGUCAAUUAUUAUUAUUAUUAUUAUCAUCAUCAUUAUGCUUCGUGUCCCCAUUGAACUGGGUCUCACAUCAAUUAUAAUUAUAUAUUCUUUAAUAGUUUUGAGAAAGGUAAUGGCUGCGCACUUGACAUGCCUUCAUUCUGUAGAAUUUAUCAGCCUGAGCUCAUGAGCAACCGUAGCUUUUCCUAACUGUGAGAUACUACGUCGUUGUUAAGUGAAGAAGAGAAGAAAACUGAUUCUCUCUGAUUAUCAAAAUUGCAAAUAUGACAUGUAAAUUAGACAAAACCGAAUCAACAAUUUGCUCAAAGUGUUUGAAAUAAAAGACAAUUUUCUA